GACCAGCUGCUUCUAGUACUACUGGAGAUACCUGACUUGCUGAUGCCAACCACGGCAGGAACUGAUUCCAGGUCAUUGAAAAGUUGCAGUUUGCCGAGCGUCCAGCAGAGGUUAGCAAUGUCACACAUCAACACCACCGAGCUGCAGUCGCUCCUCCUCUCCUUCCUGCAGCACUGCCUCAACAGCACCAGUAUACUGUCUCCACAGAUACCUCAGAACUACACUACCCAGCCGGCUGCGCAGGCUGGAGCCCGGGCCCACGCUCAGUCUCAGGGCAUGAUGUAUAUCAUCCUGGUGGUUGGCAUGUUCAGCUUCUUCACAUUCGGCAUCAUGCUCAGCUACAUUCGCUCCAAGAAGCUGGAGAGCUCUCAUGAUCCGUACCACCAGUACAUUGCCCACGACUGGACCAAGGCGAUAACUCCGCCCAGGGCCGUGGCUCAGGCUCUGCACGGGGAAGCUGCAAGUAACGGAGCCGGCGGCAAAGAGCCCAUCGUCAUCUGCAACCCUGCAACGCUGGAGCAGCUGCCAGACUAGAAUGAGACAUUCAGCUAUUUAAGCAUUUCCCACGUUCCAAAAUUUAAAACUCUGUAACACAAGAUUUU